GGGGACAAAGUCGUAAAUUUGGAGUUAAAAGACAAUCGACUUUUCUAUGGAAAGGAUUAUUUGGAUCUACAAGAGAACAAUAAACCCUAGUUUUCGCAUUGCGACUGUAUAGUCUUCUUUCUUCUCUCGCCCCUCUCUCAAACCCUUCACACACCGAACAUGCCUUUCAAGAGGUUCGUUGAGAUCGGGAGAGUCGCUCUCGUUAACUAUGGCGAAGACUACGGAAAGCUUGUCGUCAUUGUCGAUGUUAUUGACCAGAACAGAGCUUUGGUUGAUGCUCCUGAUAUGGUUAGGUCCCAAAUGAACUUUAAGAGACUUUCUCUUACUGACAUUAAAAUUGACAUUAAGAGAGUCCCUCGGAAGAAGGAACUCAUUGAAGCUAUGAAGGCUGGCGAUGUUCAAAAAAAGUGGGAGGAUAGCUCUUGGGGUAGAAAAUUGCUUGUCAAGAAAAGGAGGGCAGCCCUGAAUGAUUUUGAUAGGUUCAAGCUAAUGUUGGCCAAGAUAAAGAGAGCUGGAUUGGUCAGGCAAGAGCUUUCGAAGCUGAAGAAGAGCCAAUCUUAGAAGUGCAUUUUGUUUAGAGCUUCAAAUUUUGUUAGAGAACAAUUUACCAGGUGUGGUUUGUUAUCCCUUUUGUUUCUCAAAUUCUUGAGACUGGGGGCUGUAUCUGAAUGCAUGGAAUUUUGGACAUCAAGUGUAGCGAGUUUUUCCUAAUGUGCCAACAUUAAUCGAAUUAAAUUAAAAAUACAUGCUUGAACCUGGUAGUUUUUCCCCUGCUAAAGUGUUUAAUUCA